UCGGCAUAUUGUGAAAGAGUAGGGGAAUCCAAGGCCAAUAAUUUAGAAUAUUACAGAAUCCUAUUAUCAUUUCGUCAGUCAUCUUUACAAAUUUUAGGUCCGAACGCCGAACUUUAGUUGGUGAAGUUUAAUUUAAAAAUUUGCAGUGUUUACAAAAGUUAAUUAAAAAGCUGUUUUUCGUUAUGUAUACCGUGUCCAAAGGUCCCAGUAAAAUUGUUCACAAAACUCGACGAGGUAUCACCCAAAACCUGGAAAGACUGGAAAAUUCAAGGGAAUACACCAAAAAGUGGGUUGAAAGUCAAUGCGAGCCUUCUUCCCCAGAUGACUGGACGAUACGCAUCGAUAAACCAGUGUUCCACACCAACGCCAAGAAGUCAAACAGUACAAGAGCGCAGCAGGAAGUUAUAAGCCCUCAACAUGAAGAAAUCAUUAAGUUUAUAUAUGAUUCCUGGAACUCUGUAUGUAAAGAGUGUGAAGAAAAUGGCGAGACAACCCAAUGUGAAGAAGAAAAUGGGGAAGCAGACAGUCAGAGUUCAGGUCCAUCAAUAGUAUAUUACAAGGAGAGUGAACCCAAUCAUCACUUACAAGAUUUCAAGCCAUUUGACCUGGAGUCGUGGUGGGGCAAGAGGCUGUUCAACACAAUUACCAAGUCUAUACCAUGAGAGUAGAGUUAGCCCUAGUUGAAUGAUCUGAUGUCUCGUGUACUGUACAUACUCUCUGCUAGUGAGCUCCGGACAUGUUCGCUCGUGCCGGGCCUCUCUACCUCUGUUCCGGGGCUUAGUUUUUACUUGUACAUAAAUAUUGUAAAUAUGCGUACAAAGCUGAAAAGCUUCCAUAGUUCCUAGGUUCGUAGUUGUGAAUAUGUACAGUAAUUGUUGUAAAUAGUUACUUAUGAACAUUUUAUUUUACUUGCUGUCUGUAAACGUUUUGUCACAAACCAUUGUGUGCCUUUCAUUAAUUGUGUUCCGUUAGCUUUAACAAGCUUUUUAGGUUUCAAACUAGUCACAAGUUUUUACUUUGUGACAGACUUUUUCUUAAGCGUUAAAAUUUUCCAAUUUUCAAAUUUUUUCUUUAUAUUUUUUUACUAUUGAAAUAUUUAAUUUAGUUUAACAAUUGAAGCUAAUCUAAUUCCCUUCAUACCAAAUAAUAGUUGUAUGUUAAGUUCAAUUAAUCAAUGUUACCGGUAAUGAUCAGAAUGCCUAGUAUUGUAGUUAUUGAUCUUAAUCUGUUAUUGUCUUGAGCAAUCUAGUUUUAUUGUAAGACAUUGUUACUUGUUAUAACUAUUUUUCGAUAUUGUAGAUUGUUAAUUUUUUGCUUCAGUUCAAUCAUUGUUAAUUUGUUGUAGGGUGAGUGUUAUGUUGUAUAGUGAUUUAGAAUUCAAUUCUUAUCUCUCCAGUUUUUCAAUUUUAUUAGACAAGCUUAAGCAACCAAAAUCUAACGGGUUUUCUCUAAAGAGAGCAAGUUUACUUGUUUAAUAUUCUUGUAUUUAUUUUCAGUUUUUAAUGUUCUUUCAGAAAUGAUUUAACUAUGCAUUUGAUCAAAUCUUGAAAAUUGAUGUGUUUCUUUUGAAACUGUUAUGUAGUUAAUUAAUUACAAAAUUUUUACCCAAUCUUGUAUGUAGAAGUGUGUAUAAGUGGAAAGAUAUAGUGUUUUGUAAUUGGUACAAAUGUUUUAACUAGAUAUGUCUGAUCAGUUAGACACAUCUAGUUGUGAGGUGUAGCAUAAUCCAGUUUCAUUUUAUUUUAAAGACUUGUGUAUAAUCAAGCAGUAUCUGUCUAUAAUGUAUGAAUGCAGGCAUAUGACAUUUGCUUGGAAGUUUAUUUUCAUUGCCAAGCAAAUGAAGUUUUGUGGGGAAAUUGUAAUAAUAAAAUCACAUGUUCUAACUAAUUCAGUUGUCUCAAACUUAUUAAAUUUUGAUUGUGAAUGGGGUUUGGCAUUAUACUAAAUACAUUUUUGCAUUAUUGUUUUCAAAUGUUCUAAAGGGUACCUUGUUAAUACAUUUAUAUUUUAAAAUAUUAUACCUUUUACAUAAAUAAUAAUUUAAAGAUAUAGUGAUUAUUUGUUUAGAAAAUACAUGGUCUAUUUUUAUGCCAAUUAUUGUAGUAUUUCACACAAGAAUGUCUCAGUCUACAAAAAUGGCAAAACUAUAUUAAGCAGCCUCUUUGAAACAGAGUUGAAUCUGUUCCAGAAUUUUUUAUUGAAUAGAUAUAAUUAGAUUGAUGUCUUAAGCUGGCAAGUUAUAAGAACUUGUAAUUCCAUAUUCCAAAGGUAUGGCCUUGACAAGUUGAUGCAUAAUGUAGUUUUAAACUAUAUACAAGACAUUGAUUUAAUUUUUGUACGUAAUUAUUUCUGCGAACGUGGCUUGCCAAAUUAAAUGAGUAAUCAAAUAAUUGUGUCAGUUGUACCAUAUAUAGUUUGUUGAGUUAGUUUAUAAGAUGGUGCUAAGCAAUGUAAUGCUAGCACCUUAGACUGAUGUGCGUCGUCCCAUGAUAGGUGAUGAUGUCGUGUAGUAUAGUGAAGGCAGUGGACACCCCUGUGUGUGUGUCCAUCUGGCUAUAGUCCACCGAGACACCUUGAUCCUCCAAGUGUAGUCUUGGCGUAGUCUUCUGUAGUUCAUUUAUGCAUGCAGUUAACCGGUGUAAAACAUUCUUUUACUAGGUAACAUGAGUUCUGGUCUCUGUGAUUUACAUAAUUUUAUCAGGCAAUACAAAAUUUACUUAUAUUUAAUAGCAAAUUUGUAUUUCUGAUUUGUUCUCUACCGAAUGCUGUGUACAGUUGCAGUGAACCAUAUGACAAACAAAAGUACAUUUUAUAUCUUAAUGGAUUGAACGUUUAUAUUUAUUUUGUUUCACAGUUUAUUUAUAUUGUUAUUGCAAUUCUGUUAUUUUGUCGAUUCUGUUAUAAGUUGUUGUGUACCAGUAUUAAUUUAUUUAUUGUUGAAUAUUUCAUGUCUGUUAGUCUCAGAUGUGUCACUUACAAUUAAUAUUAUUCGUUCAAAUUGUUAAUUUAUUUGUCGUUAUAUUGUUUCUUACAACAAUGUUUGGAGCAAGUAAUGAACUUAUAAAUGUUUUAUGGUUAAAAUUGUGUAAUACUUUUUUAUAAGACAUAUUUUCUUAUUGUGGAAUUCUUAUAUUGUUGUGGUGAUGGUAUUUAAAACAUAAACAUUGGAUAUAUACAAAAUCAAAAAUUAAAUAAGUGCCAUUUAGUUCCAUGCAAACAUGUUAACCAGUACAAUACUGUUAUCUACUUUUGUUACCACACUGGAAGCAAGAGGAUUCCAUUAUUUUUAUGGUAGUUGGAAAUAAAUAGAAUGCAAAACUCAA